AUGUCGAAAGAACUUAUCAAUGUUGAACUUGUUGGUAUUCCAUUUUCUACAUUUACUCGAACGAUUCGUUUAGGACUUGAAGAAAAAUCUAUUCCAUACAAAUUAAUCUUUGCACUACCACAUACAGAUAUAGCAAAUAAAUAUCAUCCAUUUGAACGUAUACCUAGUUUCAAUUUUGAAUAUGAUGGUACAAAACAAACAUUAAUUGAAAGUGCAGCUAUUACCAAUUUUAUUGAUGCUAUUUGGCCUGAAACUCCUCUUCGACCAUCUCGUAUUUCAUCGGAUUUAAAUGAUAUUUUUACAAAUGCUCAUAUUGAUGACCCUAGAGAAAGUACUGAGUUCAGGGUACCCAUGUACUGAGAAAGC